AAACAAAUUAACCUUUUGAUGAAAAUCUAAUAUAUUAAGAUAACUUAAACAAAACAUUCUUGGAACAAAACUGUCUCCUGACGAUGUUAGCUUGAGUUUCAUCAAAGAAUGCCUCUCACAAUAUGGCGGCGACGUUGACCUACGACUCAGACGCUCAUGCGUCGCCUGCUCUCCUACCCUACGUCUGAUCGAAACCCAAUGGCCAAAGAUUUUUACGCCUGGAAAGAAGCCACUGCUCACAUAUCCCCCUCAAAGGUUUACGUCGAUGGGAAGUUCAUUGCCGAUAAGAAAGAAGCCAGCUCAUCAACGUGUGAACAGCGUUUCCUCGUGGAUUGCAGAAUCCGCAUAAAGACGGGGGACGUCGAGGCAACCAGACCAUUGAGAUGAGUCCUGUCCAGAGCCAGCUGUGCCUCGGCACCCAGUGUCUCUGCUGCCCAUCAUCACAUCCGAGAAGACCCCAGCAGAUCUGAUCUGGGUGGAUGGGCUUACCGAACUCAACGCUUAGGUUUACAGUUUCUCUGAGAAAUAUCUGAUGAGUUUGGAGCCAUGUCUGUCUCAACGAUUUUGGCAAAAGCGCUGUAUGACAACACAGCAGAAAGCCCAGAAGAGCUGGCUUUCAGGAAGGGUGACAUCUUGAUGGUUCUGGAACAGGAGCAGACCGGUGGGCCAGGCUGGUGGCUCUGCUCCCUGCGUGGCAAACAGGGCAUUGUUCCUGCCAACCGCCUCAAAAUCUUGCAGACCGGCCCACCGACGGGCUCUGACCCUAGUCUCGGACCUAAAGAAGACGCUGUAUACCUAUCCCCUGGCCUUCCUUUGGCUCGGACCGCUGUCAGUGGAAACACAGAAGAUGCAGACGGUGUAUACUUGUCCCCGCCUGUCACAGGCGAGGGUCGAGGCAGGGGGGUCGCCACUCGGACUGGAGAGCUACUCAGAGUGGAGGCCGGCCGUCCGCGCUCGCACUCUAGUUCUGGCACUCGCCCCAGACCGGACUGGGAUAUUGGGUUGGCAGGACGACCGCGAUCCCCGUCUUUGAGGGAGCGGGGUUCAGAAAUGUCUGGAACUUUUUACCAGAAGCCACUAAGCCCUGUGUCUUCUGCAGCUCUGCAUGCAAGGCAGUCUGGAGUUCUCAUGGCUUCGGAGUCUAUUUACCUUUCCCCCAGCGGAGUGCCAAGGGCUACUGAUGAACCAGAGGACACUACAUACCUUGUUCCAAGAGAAAAACCAACAGAAGACUGUUACUUGGUACCCAAGGGGACGCCGCUUGCAAGUGAUGAUGUUUAUCAGUCCCCAACAGGAACAGGUGGUGGUGUGAACAGUACUCUCUGCGCUAACGGCACUUCUGGGAUCAGUGGAUCCCCUCAGCCCAAAGCAAGCCUGGACACACCUGGAAUGUACCAAACGCCCACGCCUGUCGGAUCAAACCUACAUCGGCCGCCUGCCACAGUUCUGGCCCACCAAUACCCAUCUUCGCUGACCCCCACCCAAGUGUCUCCCCGACCUUUACUCAAGGGAGUUCCCCCAAACUCUGCUGCUGCAAGGGGCAAACCUGGCACGGCCGGUCACCGGGGGUCCCCUUUGCUAAUCAGAGCAGGGCAGGUUAGGGUUCCAGGAUCACCAAGCUUUGCUCGCAAACCUCCUCCGCCAGCACCUCCUGUGAGAGGGGUCACCAGGAAAGACGCACAGCAAACGGCACCUUCGCCAGCCACCUCUGUCCGCAAACCGACGGCUCAGGCAAGUCCUGCAGGCCAGCAGCAACAAGAGGACAGGCAAAUCAGAACUUUCCAGGGUAGUGGAGAAAAGUUGAGCAACGGCCUGGAUAGAAGCACCAGUGUGCAGAACAAAGCUGGAGAACAGCAGGAUUACUCAGACACUGCAGGUGACCAGGUGUAUGACACCCCUCCUAGUGGCAGGUGGCAGCAGCCGAUCCAGUCUACUCACACAGAGGACGUUGAUGGCAUUUAUGACACUCCACGCAGUGUCCAAUCACAAGUAGACCCUGAGACGGAGGUCUAUGAUGUCCCCACAAUCUCUCUGAACAAACUCACAUCAGAAAUAAAACCUGAUGAAGAAGAGGAUGAAGUCUACAGUGUACCCACACUUCCAGGUGUUCCUCUGGGCCCGGCAGAGUCCACCAGCAUCCUCCCCACUGAAGAUGUUGCACAUGACAAACGAGCCAGCGGUGCAGAUCAGAAACAAGACCUGUCUGAGCCUGACUGUGGCAUCUACGACAUGCCUGCUCUGACCAUUGAAGUCCUUCCCCAUUCGUCGUCAUCAUCCUCUUCUGCUUCCACGCGUCGCCACUCAGUUUCCAGUAACGGCUCCGGCGACUUUCAGUGGAAAGCUUCGCUGUUGAACCUCAUCCACUCACUGCUGAACACGGCCUCCUCCCUCUCAUCACGGGAUCUGGCUACUUCUCUAGCUGAGAUCCUGUCCACCUGGAAAGCUAGUCACACAGGUGACCCUCCCCCACCUCUUCAGCAAGACUGGAGUCUGCUGUCAGACCUGCUUCCGGCGUUAUCCGCCAUUGGGAAUGCUCCUCCCUCUGAGGGGCUCUUAUCAAUGGUCCAGCGCUCUCUUGAAGAGUGCACCCUCCUCCUACAGACUCAAGGGCGACCUCGUCUGUCUUCCCAGGAGUCUCUGUCUCGCAGGCCUUUGCCAGCGCUCCCAUUGUCGGAUGGGAAGUCAGGCGGUAUGGGUUCUCGUAAAGGCAGCUGGAUCCAAGAGCGGCCCCUGCCUCCGACUCCUCAGCCUGUGUUUCCUUUGCCUCCGGCUCCGACCUGUGUAACCCUAACAGUGGGCCCUGUUAAUGGAGAAGAUGACCCCAGCAAUGAGUACGCAGGGAUUGGCUUGAUCCCAAUCCCAGCCCCAGUACCUACAGGAGACAGUGUUGGAUAUGUCAAGCUGCAGGGUAAACCAGAUCUUCCUCCUGAUGUCCUCAAUGAGAACGGACAAACUUUCACUGGAGAGACAAGAUUGACCCCGUCCCCACCUCUGCCGGUGACCCUCUCCCUGGAGGACUCGGAGCUGCUGUCCUUCUACUCCUCUCAGAGCCCCGCCCACCUCUCCUGCCUCGCAGACGCCAUCGACGUGCUCUACAGCAGCGUGCAUGGGAACCAGCCACCUCGCAUCUUCGUCGCCAGAGGGAAAAGUCUCAUUGUGACCGCGCACAAGCUGGUGUUCAUCGGGGACACUCUGUCCCGCCUCCUGAUGUCCGCCGACAUCCGGUCCAAGAUCACUACUUCUGGAGGGAGACUCUGCCAGGCUUUGAAGGCGGUUGUCGUGGCAACAAAGGGCGCAGCACAAAACUACCCGUCGGUAUCUGCCACCCAGGAGAUGUUGGACCGCGUCACCGAGCUCUUCCAGCAGGCCGCUGGUUUCUCCACACUGCUGCAGCGUCUGGCUGAAAUAUCAUCGUGAUAUUUCAUGUCCAUGCAAAGAAACUGUAUAAACACUACCUAUAUUGUAGUGUUGAAAUGCCUUAUUUGUCUUGACACUAUUAUAUUUCCUUACCUUUGCCUGUGAGGGAAGCCAUACCCUGCACCACGUGUUUAGCCACACUGCAGCUGUUACUCAGCUGCAAUGUUAUAUUGCAUUGGUUCUUUCUACAAAGAGUGUGUUUCUUUUCUUUUUUUGUAACCGUUUAUAUACUGACAUUCUUGCUUUGAUGCCAGACAUUCUUGUUUUUUAAGUGUUAACUUAUUGAGUAUUGAAACCCCUCUGAGGCUGAAGCAGUCCAUGUGGACCUGUUAUUUUGGAAGCUUUGUUUUAAUAUGCCUGCCAUAUUUCCUUUUCUUCACACAUGAUGGAUGUUUUUCUUCCUUCCUCCAUUCAUUUAGCAAGACCCCGCUACAAAAAUAGUCCAAAAAGGAAGGCCUUGUAUUCCGAUUCUGGGCUUCCUUUGUACAAUGAUACCCGAUAGGCCUUUGCUCAAUACUCUGAAAGCAUGCUUACUUUUGUAUUUCAAAGCUAGCGCUAAAGGAAAGUUCACCUAGUUUACAUCUUGAUCUGAGAGCAAAGAUCUACAGUAUUACUCACAAUUCCCACAUUUACAAGAAGUGUCACUCGGCGCAUUCUUCAGCUUACCGUUAUGCAGGUUAUUACCAUAUCUAAGAAAUCACUGAGUGCCAGAGAAUGACAAAUGAUGGUUAGGUGAGGAAUUACCUAAUCCUGUUCUUUCCCACAGUCAGGUGAAAGUCUUGCUUAAAAGAAACCUGUUGACCGAGUUCACCUGUCGCAACACGACUUUGCAUGUCUUCUGUUUUGUCGUUAAUCUUCAUUUCCCUCAAGAUGCCUGCCUAAGAUGCGUACUCAUGUCUACUAUAGUAGAUUUAAAAACCCCAGCUGAGACAUGCGCAUGGGCGUUAAUAUUUCUCUCUUUAGGAUGUGUAAAUUUUACAUCAAAAGGUGACUUUAUAAAUGGCCAAUGUGACGUAGAUCUUCACUGUGUUGACCUGACUCAGUGGAAACUGCAAUAUAAAAUUACACUACAUCAUCAGACUAAGAUAAACAUCAGACAUGUUUUUGAAGACUAGUGUUUGUCUGCUUACACUAAUCUUAGUCAUCAAGAGUAUGACGUUGCUGUAUAGAACCCAAACAUUUUCACUUCUAAAUUUGUGCUACAUUUUGUAAUCAAGUCAGCACAAAAGGGCCUAAAGUUGGGAUAUGGUUUUUAAUUAUUUAAAGGCUAUCUUUCAUCUGAACAUUUAUAGUUGACUUAAUUCUGCAAUUUCUGAGAUACAAAUCAGGGUUUUUCACUGAUUUAUUUUAUUUUUCUUAAGGGCUAUGGUUACAUGUUGUCCACCCGCGCCACGUUGUGGUACCUUGAAGUAUUGCAUAAAGACUACCUGCCUGCCCAGUUUUAUGUAUGAGUAUUGUGAUCGAUAGUUAACCAUAUUAACAUUUUUUGUUUUGGACUUUACUGUUUGUAUGGCUUUAAUUUGAUUAAUUUUUAAAUAUGCAAAUUCUUCAUCCGGAAGACGAGCAGUGGAUUGCAAAGUUAAAAUGUUCCGGGUUUUUUUUUAACAAUAUUUUACAUAAUACACAGGUAUGGCGACAUUCUUUCGUACAGGUUUUUACAUUGAUAAGAAACCACCUUACUUUGAACACUACAUUUGCUGUAUAUCUUUUGUAUUCCUGUUCAGAAUACGCAAAUAGAGUUUUGCAACAAACCAAACGUGUUUUCUAAUGUGACAAAUUCAUAUUUAAAUGUGUAUUUUACUUUUCAUUGAAGUUGUGGUAAGGGUGUUAUUUAUUGGUUGUUUCCGUAAAGCUGUAUAAACCCAAAUAAAAACAUUUUUCCUGAA